UUAAAUAUUUUAAAGAAUGCUUUUAAAUGGAGUUGCAUAACACAAAUUUAAAUUACCUGGGUCGAAUAUGUGCAAAAUGGGUAGGGAAAAGACAACAUGAUGUUACAGAUAGUAUUAAAAUCAUAAUCGAGCGAGUAUUUCAUGUUAAACUGGAAGAAGUAAAAAAUGUCCAUCCACAAAAAAUUUGCCAUAAAUGUUGUUGCUCAAUUAAUAAUUUGAACAAAAGAAAAACAACAACAUCACUCUCUGUAUUUAAUAAGUGGUAAUCACAUAACAUCAACUGUGCAAUAUGUCAGAGAGCUUAAUAUGAAAAAAUAUAAACAUUUCUACGCGCUACGGUUUAAAAAAUGCAAAACGUUUUAAAAAAACUAAAUUACCAGGUAAAUAUAGAAAAUGUUGGACAAUUGCUAUGUUUACUUCAAUUAAAGAAAACCUUAUACCUAUAUUCAAAUUUGACGAAGAUGUAGAUAUAUCAGAACUAAAAAAUGACUUAUAGAUACUAAAAAUUUAUAGAAACAAGAGUUAAAGGCUCUGGAAAAGAAAUCAAUGUUUCAAAAAAGUGAGGGACUAUGCACCCAACAGAUAGAGGUGGUUUUACAAAAACCUAAUGUUCAGAGACAAGCAUAUCAUGAGAAAAGCUUUGUUGGAAAUCAUGUACAUAAAAUGCUCAAGGAAAAAUCAAUAUUAGAGCUAUGUAAUUCUAUUCCUAUACUUAUUCAUAAAAAUGGAUUUUCUGGAACAACGCUUCAUGAAAAAUCGAUUGAAGUUAGCAACAAAUUUAAACAGCUUUUCUCUAAGUUUUCUAAAUAUUAUCACAUAUUCUCCUCAAAAAAAAUAAAUCCAGGUGAAUUAACACAACUACGUAACAUUAACAUUUUAAUUUUCUCAGCUAAAAAGAUUUUACAAAUAGUAACAAAAAGUAUGUAUAGUAUAGUUGUAGUGUUCAGGAUGUUUGAAAAAUUUGGUUUGAGAGUUGAUGAACCAAAAGUUGGUGGAUCAGCUAGUGGAACUAGUAAUACCGGAAAUUUAUGCACAAAAGCUUUUUCUGAUCCUCUAUUACUCAGCAAAAUUUUAGAAAUGGAUGAAAAAAUUAUCAGGUUACAUUACAUUCUAAUUGCAAAUAAUUGCAAAGACCCAAAUGAUCCGGAAAAAAUUGAUAAAUCCUGCAAUGAUACAUAUAAGAAGUUAUUAAAGAUAUAUGAUUGGUUCAAGUUCCCAGCUUCCAUUCUAAAAGUAUAA